ACCUUUGGCCUAUUUUACUGCCUUAUUCUCUUCUUUAUCCAUCCAUUACAUUUUCACCGCCGAAAUACAAAACAAUACAAAAAGCUUCGUUGAAGAUUCAAAAGCUUUCUUUCUUUCUCUCUCCUCGAAUUUUGAUUUUCAGAUGAGCAAGCCCUAAAUUUCAAUCUCAAACUUUUAAAAUUCAUCAAGUUCAAAUUUAAUCAAACAUUCCAGAUCGAUUUUCAAAUUGAAUUCAAACAAUCCUUUUCUUUCUUCCUGGAAACCCUGAAAUCGAUUUCAUUUUCUUUAUGAUAUUUACCUUUAGUACAGAUCUGAAAUCUUGGUAGGAAUUUAUAUAAAUUCACAAAUAGUGGCGCUUUUUUUUGCACGUCCACUAUUCUUCUUUGAGAUAGGUUUCGCCACUUCGCAAUAUUGUACAUAAGAAAUUUAGGAUUUUCGUGGUAUCUUUUUGAUUUUAGGGUUAGGUUUUCGAGAUUUUAGGGCUUUGUUUUUUACGAAGAUGAAUGACAACAAUGUUAGAGGUCGUUAUCCGCCCGGAAUGGGUAGAGGAAGAGGUGGAAUGGGCAUAGAUUCAGGAGGUUACGGAAACCCUAAUUUUCAAGCUAGGAAUUUUCAGCAACAACCGCAUUAUGCGCAAAGAGGAAUGGUACAGAAUCAUCAUCAGCAAAUGCAGCAACACCAUCAGAUGCAGCAGCAACAACAUAAGCAGAUGCAGCAGCAACAACAACAUAAGCAGAUGCAGCAGCAACAACAACAUAAGCAGAUGCAGCAGCAACAACAAUGGUUGAGGAGGAAUCAGUUGGGAGGUAAUUCAGAAUCUGCUGGUGUCAAUGAGGUUGAGAAAACAAUCCAGCCGGAGGCUACUGAUACGAGUUCGCAAGAUUGGAAGGCAAGGUUGAAGUUACCACCACCAGACACUCGCUAUAGGACAGAGGAUGUGACGACAACCAAAGGGAAUGAAUUCGAGGACUAUUUUCUUAAGCGCGAGUUAUUGAUGGGUAUAUAUGAGAAGGGGUUUGAAAGGCCAUCUCCUAUUCAGGAAGAAAGUAUUCCAAUUGCACUUACUGGGAGUGAUAUUCUUGCUAGAGCGAAAAAUGGAACAGGAAAAACUGCUGCUUUUUGCAUUCCAGCUUUGGAAAAAAUUGAUCAAGACAACAAUGUUAUUCAAGCUGUCAUCCUGGUCCCUACUAGAGAAUUGGCUCUCCAGACAUCACAGGUUUGUAAAGAACUUGGGAAGCAUCUUAAAAUUCAAGUUAUGGUCACCACUGGUGGAACCAGUUUGAAAGAUGAUAUCAUGCGACUGUAUCAACCAGUUCAUUUGCUUGUGGGAACUCCUGGACGUAUUUUAGACCUUGCAAAGAAGGGAGUUUGCGUUCUGAAAGAAUGUUCAAUGCUUAUAAUGGAUGAGGCUGAUAAGCUUUUGUCUCCAGAAUUCCAACCAUCUAUUGAGCAACUUAUCCAAUUUAUGCCAACAAAUCGUCAGAUUUUAAUGUUUUCAGCUACAUUCCCUGUAACUGUCAAAGAUUUUAAAGAUAGAUAUCUACAUAAGCCGUAUGUAAUCAACUUGAUGGACGAGCUUACUUUGAAGGGUAUAACACAAUUUUAUGCUUUUGUUGAAGAAAGACAAAAAGUUCAUUGCCUCAACACCCUUUUCUCCAAGCUUCAAAUCAACCAGUCAAUUAUUUUCUGCAAUUCUGUGAACCGUGUUGAGUUGCUAGCCAAGAAGAUUACAGAGCUCGGGUAUUCUUGCUUUUACAUUCAUGCAAAGAUGCUGCAAGAUCAUCGCAACAGAGUUUUCCAUGAUUUUCGUAAUGGUGCAUGCAGAAACCUUGUGUGCACUGAUUUAUUUACUAGGGGUAUAGACAUUCAGGCUGUCAAUGUCGUAAUCAAUUUCGACUUCCCAAAGAAUUCUGAAACCUACCUCCACAGGGUUGGUCGAUCAGGGAGGUAUGGGCAUCUUGGUCUAGCUGUGAAUUUGAUCACUUAUGAAGAUCGUUUUAACUUGUAUAAGAUUGAGCAAGAACUUGGAACUGAAAUAAAGCAGAUUCCUCCACAUAUAGAUAAUGCAGUCUACUGUCUUUAAGUAAUUGAGUUGGUUGAUGCUACGUUUUAUGGAUGACCAAUUGUUGUUCAUGGUAGGAUCAAGAUUGGAUUGUCCAGCUUCAGCAUCAGGAUUCAGGAUUGUGAUUACGUUUUAGACUUUGGGUGAUGUGUAGGCGUUAUUUCUGCUGCUAGGUGAACUUGUGCAGAUCUUUAAGGAAUGUUCCCUGCUAGUGUGCUACUAGAUAUUACUAUUUUGUAGGUUGGAGAUAUUUUGAGGAUUGGAUAUUUAUGAAAUUUAGUUAGGGUGUUGCUGUUUGGUGGGUUAUGUGGUUGCAUUAAGUGGAUCGAUAGAUGUGCCAUUCCUCCAUCUGGCUUCCCUCAUCAACCUGCUAGGUUUCUUCCUAUCCAUUUGCUGCAUUAGCCUGUUGAGGCGGUUGAAUUUCCAGUCUGUUUCCGUGAAGAUAUUAGCAUGGCUGCCUAUUAAUAAAUUACUCUAUAUACUCAAUGUGAGAUAUUAGUUUGUUUAAGUGCUAUUCAUAAAAUUUUUUUAGUUCUUUGCCGUCUUGGCGUUUUCUGCUUUUGUGUUUUUGAUGGAGGACGAAAAAAAAGAUAGUUGGUAUAAUCUGGUUUAGUCCUUUGUUAGUUAUCAAAAUACUUGCAAUUCUAGCCUUUUGUUGUUUGGGCCAAAGCCAACGAUGAUGCUGAUUGUAAGCUCUAGAUAGUAGAUAACAUGCUGCAGGAGUGCAGGUAGGCAGUUCCAGAGGAUGAAGAAAUGGGUAAAAACUUGGAUUGUUAGAUAAUGGAACGUGAAAGAGCAAAGCAUACUGUUUGGUUAUUGUUCUUGCUAUGCAUGCUGUCUGCUCGAUUUGCUGGAAUAUGAGUUUCUUUCUGAACUGAUAUUACCAAUAUUUUUUACUCCAUAUUGUUGAUUCAACAACCGACUUUUAUAAUUUUAUUUGAAUGUUAUAUUUUUGUGUUUUAAUUGCAUUAUUCACUUGCAACUAAAAUAUGACGGAUAUCAAUACUAAUAAAAUGUGAGCGAGUCGAAGCAAAGUGCAAAUUGAGUUUAAUCUAAUAUGAUUAAACCAUGCUUUCAUCACUUAUUCUUAGGUUAGAUUUGGAUUAGAUAGAUCAUAAACAUUUGUGCUGCCAUACACUU